AUGUCAACCAGUGACUUUAUACUAGGAAAAGAUUCAGGUUUUGAUUUUGUCAAUAGCCAAAUACAACAAGGUGCAGCGUUUCCCUUUACAGCCAAGGCUACUGCACCCACAGUGACUUUGCCUCGAAUCAAGGCAUUAACGACAGGCACUAUACCUAGCUUUUUGGACGCUAUUCUAAAUAUUGCUGAAUCAGAUACCACUUCUUCACUCAAGUACCAUGAUAAUUGGGUCUAUCAAUUAAAGCAGCAGAACAAAUCCAUUCAUUUUUAUGGAGAUGAUACAUGGAUUCGACUCUUUCCUGAUCUGUUUGAUAGAAUGGAUGGUACUACUUCGUUCUAUGUAUCAGAUACAGUUCAAGUGGAUUUGAAUGUCACUCGACACAUUACAGACUUGCAAGACACUGCAUGGGAUGCAGCCAUAUUUCAUUAUUUAGGAUUAGAUCAUAUUGGUCAUUUGGGUGGCCCUUCAAGUCCACUCAUGAAACCAAAGCAAAAAGAGAUGGAUGCAGCCAUUGAGCAUAUCUAUCGCAUUGUAAAACAACAAGAUAUUCAACGAAUGCAACAAGAUGCCAAUGCAAAACAUACACUUAUUGUUGUAUGUGGAGAUCAUGGCAUGAAUGAGAAAGGAAACCAUGGUGGAUCUUCUAUUGGUGAAACCUCAGCAGCACUAGUGUUUUUGAGUUCAACAUUCGAGUCUCUCCCGUCCAAACAACCUCCUUUGAUCGAUCUUAAUAGAGAGCAUAUAUAUGGUUUCCCUAUCAUCGAUCAGAUUGACCUUGUGCCUACACUGGCCUCUUUGUUUGCAUUCCCUGUACCUAAAAACAAUCUUGGAAAGAUGAUACCCGAGCUGUACCAAACUAAACAAGGCAAAAAUACUAAAGUAUCUAAACUAUAUACAGAUUGCUUGUUACAAGGAUUAAGAUCGAAUGCGUUCCAACUAGGACAAUUGCUUUCAAAGAUGAUGCCAGAGAUAGCUAGUGUGAUUGACCAUGCUACGUCAGUUACAAAAGAAUCCCCUGUUUAUCAUUAUUCAGAAGCAAUUCGGUUUCAUUUGAAUUAUGUUGAAUCAAAGUAUCAAGAAGACGGGAAGAAGGCGAUGGAAUUCUACUACAAGGUAAGUUCAUAUGAAUCGAAUGCAUAUCCAUUAGGACUUGGCCUACUAAUUUUGAUGCGAUUUUGUAUUGCUUGGUGCCAUGGUGAUCUUUCAAACAAAUUGCUUUCUUAUUCAAAUGACGUACAAUGGCAUUUACUUGCACUCACAUUAGCAGGCACGCUAAUGACAGCUAUCAGAGCUGUUUACAGGUUUAGACAAAAACAGAAUAUUGACGUCAAUCAGACGGCAAAUAUCAUUCAAACGAUCAUCAAGGCAGCUUUUGUUUUGACUAUAACAAUCAAUUCGAUAUUAGUACUUGUUUACAAGAUGAGGCUUGCUGAUAUUGACACUAUACCCUUUAUGUAUCAAGGCCUUUUAAAUUGGGAGCUAGUAACAUUACUGGAUCAGGUGCAAUUAGGAAGGCUCAUUUACAACUAUCAAGGAGCUUCUUUCUUUGUUUUAUGGGGAUUAUUCUAUGUCACUAAACGAGCGUCACUUAUGUCAUUAGAAGAACCCUCAGAAAAUAAGACUAGAGAGACAUUGGUUUUGUUCUUGUAUUCCCUAACCCCUUUCUUGGUGCUCCUGAGUGGAAUUAAGAAUGCAAUUUUGUUCUUAAUUUUUCAUUUGCAAUUUCUAUUUUUGCAAAAAUGGCAACUCACCGAAGCUAUUCCUGUUUGGCUUCUUAGUGUGAUUUCUGUCUUUAUGAGCCAUUGCGGUUUCUUUUUGACAGGACAUACAAACUCGAUUGCUUCUGUUGACUUGAGCCAUGCUUAUAUUGGUGUAAAUGAAUACGAUACGCUGUUGAUUGGAUUUCUCACAUUUUGCUCUAAUUGGUCUGGUAGUCUUUGGUGGGCUGCUGCAGGAUGGGCGAUGAUAGGCGAGAAAGAAGACUGGUACCAUCAUCUUGUGAUACAGUCUACUAUUUUUAGUUUGGUCUUGUCAUGCCUAUCGAUUUCAGUAACCGUGCUUAGAGAGCAUUUGUUUAUUUGGACUGUAUUCUCUCCAAAAUAUUUGUAUCAAACUGCAUGGACAUGCAUGUUCCAUUGGUUUGUCCAGGUCAUUGUUGGCACUGUGCUAACUCAAUGUAUAUUUAAAUGGAAUGUUCAACAGUCAGAAGAAGAAAUAGAAGAAGUACAAGAUUAA